AUGUCAACAUUAAAGCAACAGAAGGAACAAUUUGUAUCUGAUUUAAUUGGUGGAUCAAUUAAUGAAAUUUAUUUAAUAACAUCAAUUGCUUUAACAUCAUAUUUAUCAUAUAAAUUACUUAACAACUUAUUAAAAGAUAAAUUACCAUUUCAAUAUGAUUUUAUAUUAAAUGUAUUUAGUAUAUUAGCUUCAAUUACUUAUUAUAAUAAUAAUAUUAAAUUAUUACAUUUAGUAAUUAUAUUACCAAUAUUAUUAUUAUUCUUAAUUAACAGUACUUAUUUAACAAGUACUGAACCAAAGAAGAAGAAGAAACAACAAUCAGGAAAACAUGUUGAAGAAUUGUUACCCAGGAAAUCAUUUCUUACUGCUUAUAGAUCUCAUAUGUUAAUUAUAACUAAUUUAGCAAUAUUAGCAGUUGAUUUUAAAAUAUUUCCAAGAAGAUUUGCAAAAGUUGAAACAUGGGGUACAUCAUUAAUGGAUUUAGGUGUUGGAUCAUUUGUAUUUUCAAUGGGAUUAGUUAAUUCAAGAUCAUUAAUUAAGAGUUACAGUGGUAAUAAUACUUAUCAAUUUAAUAUAAAUACAUAUAUUAAUACAAUUGGUAAGAAUAUACUUAAAUCAAUUCCCUUACUUAUCUUAGGAUUAAUAAGAUUGAUUAGUGUUAAACAAUUAGAUUAUCAAGAACAUAUGACAGAAUAUGGUAUUCAUUGGAAUUUCUUUAUAACUUUAGGUUUAUUACCAAUAAUGUUAGCAUUAUUAGAUCCUUUAUUACAAAUAUUCCCAAGAGCAUUAAUUGCAUUUGUGAUAAGUCUUGGAUAUGAAUUGUUAUUAAAUAAAACCAAUUUAUUAAGAUUUGUAUUAGUAGAGGAUAAUCGAUUUAAUAAUGUAAUUACCAUGAAUAAAGAAGGUAUUUGUUCAUUUAUUGGAUAUUUUACAAUCUUUUUAUUUGGACAAUCAUUUGGAUCAUUUACUUUAACUAAUUAUAAAACAAAGAAUAAUUUAAUAACCAUUAAUAAGAUUAAAGUUAAGAAAGGUGGUUGGUUAACAGUAUCAACAACAACAGGAUUAAUUAUAUCAACAAUCUUUUAUCAAUUAAUAUUUACAUUGAUUAAUUCAUCUUAUUCAUUUACUAAUAUUUCAAGAAGAAUUGCCAAUUGUCCAUAUGUUUUAUGGGUUGUUUCAUAUAAUGCUACAUUCUUAUUAGCAUAUCAUUUAAUUGAUAAGAUAAUACCUAGUGGUAGUAACUAUACAAGUAAUAUACUUGAAUCAAUUAAUAAUAAUGGAUUAUUACUAUUUUUAAUUGCUAAUUUAUUAACUGGAUUAAUCAAUAUGAAUAUUAAUACAUUAGAAUGUAAUACUUGGAUAUCAAUUGGUAUCUUAACAAUUUAUUCAUUAAUAUUUACAAUUAUUGCAAUUCAAUUAAACAAAAGAAGAAUUUAUAUAAAACUUUAG